AGUAAGAUGCUCCGGCUUUAGUCUCCCUUGUGAAUGCUCAUUCCCAUAUUGCCUUAAAUUAACGAAUUUCACUGUACUGAGACGGGAAAAAGCAGAAAAGAGCAGCAAGGGAAGGAGAAGAUUAUCAUGGUAUUUUACUGUUUUCUGGUGGACCAAACACGACAGGUGCUUCACAGUAAGCCGGCGGCGGGGACGUGCUCGCGGUGUGGCGGAGGAGCCAAGGUGGAGGACAUAAGGUCGGCGACCAGAUUCUGUUAUGUCCCAUUUUAUUGGAAAUCCUGGAGAGCCGUUGUCUGCACUUUUUGUGGAGCCGUUCUUCGUUCUUACCGUUAGAGAGAUACCAUAUGAUUCCCAUUUUCCAACCACGUGCGCACUUUAACUUAAUUUCUUUUCCUCAGAAUCUGUCUGUGGCUUGAAACCAGAAGCAGAAACACUUGAAGAGAGAUCACAGCUUGCCUUGGUCAUGUUUCCCUAUAAGCCGGGGUAUUCUUCUUGUAGAGGACAUGUAAUGUAUUAGUUUGCUUUCUAGGUAAGUAUAUGAAUAUUUGAAUGUAGUCAA